UCAGCGAGCGCAUAGAUCUUGUAGAAUGAUGAAAUUCAAAUAAUUUCUUCUAUAAAAUAGUUCAUAUUGGACAAUUCUAUUGCAAUUCCUCUGUAUAAUCCGCAAAAACUAAUAGAAUUCGCGACAGAAGUUCAAUGGAAAUCCAAUAGCGCAUCAGCUAUCGCAAUGGAAAGAUUCUCCGAAUCUGCCUUUACAACUCAAUCACAUAACCUAGGACUCAUAGGACUGAAGGUCAAAUGAUUAUCAUUUCAUCGAAUGAAGAGGAAUCGAAGUAAAAAUUGCUUGUUGAGUUGGGGUUCAACGACACAUGUAAAAUCACAAAAAAAGUUACCAUUUUAUAAUAGAGAUGUCGUUUACAAAGUCAUGAGCAUGAGCACCGCAUGACGGACAGUGCAUACGUGUCUUUGGACGGGAAUGAAUUACUCGGUGAUCUCAUAAGUGAUUAGUGAUAAAUUAAGGUGACAAAAUGCCGAAGAAGAAGACUGGGCAGAGGAAGAAGGCUGAGAAGCAGAAGAUGAGGCAAAAGGAGAUCAGAACCGCUAAGGAUCAGGUUGAUCUCGCCAAAAUGCCGUGCAAUGCGGUUAUGGAAUGCGACAAGUGCAAUAAAAAACAGAAGAGCAGGGCUUUCUGCUAUUUCUGUGGAACUGUUCAACGAUUACCCAUCUGCGCACACUGUGGGAAGAUCAAGUGCAUGUUGAAGACGGGGGACUGUGUCGUUAAACAUGCUGGAAUGUUCACCACUGGGAUGGGAAUGGUGGGAGCUAUUUGCGAUCAUUGCGAGGCAUGGGUAUGCCAUGGAAGGAAAUGCCUGACUGCUCAUGCCUGCACAUGUCCCCUGAUCGAUGCCAUUUGCCAAGAGUGUGAACGAGGAGUUUGGGAUCAUGGAGGCAGGAUAUUCCGUUGCUCUUUCUGCGAUUGUUUUCUGUGUGAGGAUGAUCAGUUCGAGCAUCAGGCGUCGUGUCAAGUUCUAGAAGCAGAGAGUUAUAAAUGUCAAUCAUGCAACAAGUUAGGACAAUACUCAUGCCUCAGGUGCAAAACGUGCUACUGCGAGGAUCACGUUCGUAGAAAAGGAUUCAAAUAUGAGAAGAAUAAAGCAAUUCCUUGCCCUAAAUGCGGUUUCGAGACCUCUCAGACUAAGGACCUCAGCAUGUCAACGAGGAGUCACAAAUUCGGGAGGCAAAAUCAAGCUGGCUACGAUUCUGAUGACGAAGGAAAUAGCUAUGAUUAUUAUGGAGGUAGCAGUUGCAAUUACGGUGACGGCUAUGGCGAUGCUGAUGGUGCGAAUGAUGAUUCGGAGGAAGAGGAUGAAGAUGAUGAUGAGGAUGACGAUGAAGACGAUGAAACAUCAACCGAGUCCGAUGAUGAACAAGAAAAACCUGAUGAUAAAUCGGAUGUGAAGAAAUAGCGAAAAUUUAGAUAUGCUUGAACAAAUCGAAAUGGAAUCCUUGAAGAAUACAAGAGCCAUUCUGCAAAACCUUGUGCACAAACUCGGUUUUAAAAAUUUUGAUAAUUUUCCCCUCACUUCUUAUUUAAUGAUAACUAAACUAUCAGUUAUCUAUAGAUACAUAAUCAAGGGGACCAGGAAGAUUAUCGGAAAAGAUGUGUUUUUGGGUACAAGACUUGGGGGAAUGACUCGUAAAUUGUACAAUAAUAAUUUCUGAUGACAACAUUGCAAAUAUUUGAGAAUCAUCCCACUAUUGUUCUAUUUUAUUUCAUUCUGAACAUUAUAUGUUACUACAACAACAAAUUACGAAUUACAAGAUUUAUGACGUAAUAAUUUAUUACAAGAUUUAUGAUGUAACAUUGAAUGCAUAAUAUAUUUUCCUGUACAUCUUUGAAUUCAUAAUUGAUAGAAAUAAAACUAUCAAAUAAUAACAGAAAA